AUGUCCACACUUGAGGAUGAAGAUGUGUUGUUGGAGAUUAAGUUACACCUGCAAGGGAUUGGUAAAUAUGCCCAGGCACAGGAUAUUGUUGACUUCCUACAAAACCCAGAGGUCCAAGGCCAAUUGGACAUCAAGAAUAAAAUCAGCCUACGCAUAGCACAGAGAUGGUUGUCCCAAGCUGGUUUCCAGUGGAGGUCAGAACCAAAAGGUCAAUAUUUUGAUGGGCACAAACAGGAAGAUGUAGUUGCAUACCAACAGACAGUAUAUGUCCCCUUUCUGAAGGCACUUGAGUGUUGGCAAAUAAUCUACAAUCAACAUGCUGUCCCAGAUCCUACCCGCCCUCUACAAUUACAGCCUGGCAAGAAGCCUGUAAUUUUUUGGUUCCACAACAAGUCCAUUUUUUAUGCAAAUGAUUGUCAACUUGUCCAAUGGGUUUAUAUUGGCAAACACCCAACACCAUUCAAAAAAGGGGAAGGUUGCAGUAUCAUGAUAGCCAAUUUUGUGUGUCCAGAGUUUGGAUGGUUGCAUGGACAAAAUGGUGAAUCCACCAGGGUUAUCAUGUUUCCAGGAGGUGACAUGGAUGGGUGGUUUACAAAUGACUGGGUUAUUCUGCAGCUGCAAGAUGCAGUCAAGAUUGUCCAAGACACUUUCCUGCAGUUCAUGCAUGUGUUUGUUUACAACAAUGCACCCUCCCACACAAAACACUUGCCCUCAUCACUUACAGCUCAGGGAAUGCCCAAGGGGCCAGUGAUGGAUUGGCCUUACUACAAGAACAACAAUGGCAAGAGGACUUUUGUGUGGAUGGAGGAUGGCAGACUUCCCAAUGGGUCAGCACAGUUGCUCUAUGACCCAAAUGAGCCAACAGGUUGUUGCUUUAAGGGAAUGGCCUGGAUUCUUUGA